AUGCCGAAUGCAGUGACCUAUAAUGAGGUGCAUGUCAACAUCACUCAGGAAGAAUGGGCAUUGAUGGAUCCUUCACAGAAGAAUCUCUACAAAGAUGUGAUGCUGGAGACCUAUAUGAACCUCACAGCUAUAGGCUACAACUGGGAAAAUAUUGAAGUUGAAGAACAUUGUCAAAGUUCUCAAAAUCAUGGAAGGUAUAUCAUUUGUCACUCAGGAUACAAGACAUAUGAGCAUAGAGAUAUGGAAAGACAUAUCAUACCUCUCUCUCAGACCAAUUAGAAGAUAUGUAGCAGUCCCCACAUUGAAUAUAUUUGUUGAAUUUGAUGCAAGUAUUCAAUUAAUUGUUUUUCUAGCUUCAUUCAAACACCAACAAACUCACAUUACA